AUGUGCGCGAAGUCUGUGUUCAAUGAAUUGGCGCUCAAUUGCACACAAACUGGCGCUCAGUCUCGCAGUCACUGCCACUGUCUGAAAGACCUCACAUCUCUUGGGACAUCCGUUUCAUUGUCUUCGGGUGUCUUCACUGACACACAACAGACACACACAAUGAUGGCGUCCAUCCCAAUGAGUCCACAUUUGACCGAAAGUGAGCUCUCGAUGGAAAACAUGCGAAUCAAGAGCCGAAUAAUGAGUCGGAAAGCCAUGAAACUGAUGGACAACACGAACCAAAUGAAUGGUCUGACCAUCAGUGCCAUCAACGGUCACAUCAAUGGUCAGCCCAUUGUCCGCUCCAUAAAGACAAUGACUCCCAAUGGCAACGGUUCCCGAUUCGUACUCAACGGCAACACUAACUUCAGUUCACUUCGUAUUGAAGACCCAAAGAAAGUGGAGGACACGACUGACGAUGACGUGAAGCUAAUGUUGGCCACGAUUCCGGAGAUUAGCCGCCAUUUCGUGGUGUGCGGGAAGUUAGGAGAGGGAACCUUCUCGAAGGUCUUCAGAGCCAAACAUCUGCACAAUUCGAGCAAAGAAUAUGCUCUCAAAUACAUUAUCCCAACCAUCAGGCCGUCGAGGAUUGCUUCCGAACUGCGAUAUCUUCGCGAUUUGGGCGGCAAUAAGAAUAUCAUUGAUCUCAAGACCUGCUUCUUCUCGAGAGGUCACACCGUCUUAGUUAUGCCUAUCUUUCCGCACCAGAAGUUCACUGAUUAUGUCAACCAAUUGUCUGUCGAGGAAGUGAAGCACUAUAUGAAGAAUCUGUUGAUAUCACUGGAAAGGGUCCACUCUUUUCAAGUGAUCCACAGAGACGUAAAACCGGCGAACUUUCUGUACGACCGCAAGACUCGGAGGUAUGCGUUAGUGGACUUCGGAUUGGCUCAGAAUGAGAGGGAACUGUUGGUCAGGACUUAUACUAACGGCGCGUUCAGACGAUUGCAUUCAAGCAAAGACUUGCCGAUCGAUAAUAAGUUCAAAAUUCCCGAUAAUAUCAAAACCAACAGCACUUCCGUUGCGAAGCGGUUGGCGUUAAACGAUUGCACGACUUCUGCCACUAAUAACACCGGAAACACAAACUCUUUGGUCAGAAAUGAGAGCAAAUGGCAGAUCAGAAAGAGGUCUCGAAAUGAGGCACAGCUUAUGGAGAGGUCUAAAGUGGCGCCGAAGAGGGCGCGACUCGAGUCCACACGAGUCGAGUCGAGUGUCUUUAAUUCCCCGAUCACUCCGACUGUGUUUAAGUCGCCGACGAGUAAGCCUUCCGUCACCACCACUACAGAGAUAAUGUCGACACCAGUCAAGUGCGGCAUUUCUAUUAUUCCCGAAACGCCUCCGAAAACAAUUCAGAAGAAUCUGAACAAAGCGUUGAAUAUUGAGACCAACGAAGAGGUGUUUCCCAAAGAAGUGAACGAAACGCCGAAGUCUUCUCGUUAUAAAUCUGCCAAAAGGUCCCGAAGUGUAGUCAAUAGGAGUAUUGAUCUCAAGUGCGAGUGUUUGGGCGCCAAUCAGGUCUGCAAUACAUGCAAAGCAAAGCCAGAACUCGUGGCUCCGAGGGCUGGAACGCCGGGCUUUCGAGCGCCUGAAGUACUCCUCAAAUACUUAUUACAAACCACUUUAAUCGACAUCUGGAGCGCUGGUGUGAUAAUGGCUUCACUAUUGAGCGGAAGGUACCCCUUCUUCCGCAACACCGAUGACAUGACAUCAUUGGCUGAAAUCAUCACAAUAUUUGGUUCCAAACGUCUCCUCAAAACCGCCAAAGAUUUGGACAAAACUCUCGUCAUUUCGAGUAAUUAUCUUCCGAUGAAUUUGAAGCAAAUCUGCGAACGCCUCAGAGGGAAGGGAUCGACAUUCAAAGCUCCCGACUCUGCAUAUGAUCUGUUGGACAAACUCUUGGACCCAAACCCUAAGACCCGAUGGAGUGCUUCCAAAGCAUUGACUCAUCCAUUCUUCUCAGACGAUACGAAUUAACUAAUUUUCAGACAUUAAAUGAAUUGUUAGUAGAAUUUAUUCCCA